AUGCCGGUUCCCACGCCGGUCCCAUCGCCCACGCAUGUCCCCCGUGGUGAUGCCAAUCCCGGCGACGCCAACAAUAAAAAGCCCCGAGGUGCCGGUCCACUGCCGCGGCAGGCUGGACCUUCGUUGCUAUCCCAGGCCUUGGCUUCAGCUCGAGGCAUUCCGUCCAUAACCAACGCUUCUCCUACCACUACCACUGCCACUCCCUCUACCACUCCCGCUCACCUGCCCAACGGCCGAUCGAGACAGAAUCCCUCGGCGCCCACCGACCCCACCUCCCCGAUAUCUCCUGCAACGACUACAACCGCCGUGUCCAUCGCUCCCGCCCUCCCUUCGCCAUCUGACCGAGACAUCACAGUCCCUUCCACCCAUUCACUCCCUCAUGAUGUUCCCGCCCAAUGCGGCGACCCUCGGCCGCUGACAAGAGCCUCAUCCCAACCCAUCGACAUGGCCGCCUCCACCGCUCUCACAACCACCAUGACCACAAUGGGCACCCUCGCCUCGCGCGAGGCCGCCAGCGUACCCUCAUCUUUCACUCAUUCGACCCUCGCCAACUUUCGGGACAUGGUUCUCGACAACCGCCACGACUUGGACGUUCCCCGAGGACGACGACCCUCUACUUCUCUCGACAUUGACCUUGAUAACCCCUACAGCCCCCGAUCUCUCACCCACAUGACACACCUCGACAACCUGACCCCCAACAAAGCCGACCAUGACUUCAAGACCCCCUCGACUUCUGCGCGACAGGAUGAUGGAGUCAACGGUCAUCGGCAGCCUCAUUGGGCAAAGGGUCCUCCCCACUGGACGAACAAGGCACCUGAGAAGAAGGAAAAGAUAUGGUCCAUCGGCUCCGGCGAAGGCGACGAGGAAGACGGUUUGGUUGAAAAGUCAGUCGCCGAGGCAAUGGCAGGUGUCGAGCCCAGCGCGAGGAGUCGAAAGUCAAGUUACAGCCUCCGAUUCUUCAAGGAAGGACUCCCGCCAGAGGAAAAGAUUCGUCGCAAGGAUUCGAGACAUGUGAGCAAGGAUAAGCUCUCAACUUUUGCGGAAGAAGUCGGUGAACCCAAGCCUCGAGACCGAAAAGAACCAUCCAUCGCCAAGCAACCUAACCCAACCCGACUCCAAUCUGAAGACGGAACUAUUUCGCAGCCCCCCAAGGUGCAAUUAUCGGCUCUUUCCGUCGUCGAGGAGCCCUCCAUGCUCUGCGCAUCCCCCAGUGAAGAUUACUUCACGUUGUCCGCCAGUGGAUCCGCAGGCGACAAGGAGCCGUCGCCGUGGACGCAGGUGCCCAUGUCCAAACCCGCUGAUGAUCAGGAGGUCAAGGCCGUGGGAAUUCCAGGACAAGUGGGGCCGACCCCGGUUGUCGAUACCAAUGCCGAUGGCCAGGCCGAAGGAGAGGCUCGACGAAAGUCAGCUGACAGCUCCAGUACCGAGAUCGCAGGAUCUCAUGAUGAAGCGGAUGCGGACGAAUCGGGCGAGGAGAAGAUCUCAUCUGCCGUUUUCCUGCCCCACCAGGAAUUGCGAGAAUCUUGCGUCACUGUUGAAAAUCAUCAGGAGAGGGUCACGGUGCGGUCAUCCCAGGCGCGGUCCCCUUCCCAGAGUAAGCAGCAUCCGUGGCUUGUCAAGGCCGACGAGCCUGAGCCUGAGAUUCAGGAAAAGGAUGAAGCUCCAUAUGGCCUUCAUCGCCUCUCAUCUCGAGAGAGCCUCGCCUCAAGGCGUGACCUUGUGGCCGACCAAUUGGAAGAGUGUGCCCCCAUCGAGGAUAACUGUGAACUGAGGACCGUUGUCGCGCCCAAGCCGCCCCAGGCUGUGAACCAGUACGAAGACCAUGUCCAUGACCACCAGCAUCAUCCCCCGGAGCCCCUAGAGGCCAUUGAGCUCAUUCCAUACAAGCACCAAGUCGGAGGUCACACCACUCUCUGGCGCUUCUCCCGCAGGGCCGUCUGUAAGCAGCUCAACAAUAGGGAAAAUGAAUUUUACGAGACAAUCGAAAGUUACCAUCGUGAUUUGCUCCCCUUUCUCCCUCGAUACAUUGGAGUCCUGAACGUUACCUUUCAGAAACAGGCUCGCCGGAAGAGCACUUCCAGAAAGGAUGAUUCCGCAGCAGCAGAGCGGAAGAAGUUGCAGGAGCAAGCAGCGACGAACCGUCUGGAGGCGGAAAAGAGCGGGCGCAAGAUGUCUCACGGCAGGGUCAUCAGCCAAUCCCUGGCCAACACCAACAUCCCCAUCCCGACGGUGACUUUUGACGACAACAAGCAUAUCCUUCCUCGAAAUUUGCUCCAGCCAACCCCGCUUCCAGAAUCGUUCCGACGCCGAAGCAUCUCCGCGAUCAAGGUCUCAAGCCCUCCCAAAUCGGGGGUCCAGAUCCGGCCCCCAAUGGAAGACCGGCCCAACAGCUGGGGUGCAACCACGGUCAACAAGCGGCUGCGCAACGAGGUGUUUAACGAUGCCUUUCUCAAGGAACCUGUUGAGAUUCAUCGACAUCGUCGACCGCACCAGAGAUCGAUUCCACGGCCCACGCUGCAGCGGCUCCUCCGAUCCACCAACUCUGACCCUAGUCUGCUCAGUGGACGUGACUCGACCUUUGGUGAUGGAGAUGAGAUAAAUGACAGCCGACCGAGGAAGCCCGCUCACGAAUACACACCUAGUGAGCUUGAAUCCGACCUGGACUGUGUGCAGUCUGAGCCUGAGAGGCCCGAACCCGACGAAGUCAAGGAUGUAACCGGAACGAGUGCCCCUGAACCCGAAACCUUCGCUGUCAACCCCUUGUCGGCAAAGAAGAAGCGAAGGUACUCAGCUGGUGGACUCCGACGGAAGCCUCAGGAUGUGCGAGAAUCGAGGGGCGACCUAAAGUAUUUUGAGGAAGCCGAUGGCGCCGGUUACAAAGGCGACGACGAGGACCUCCAGGUUGAAUCGAAUGACUAUGCCGACACAAACGGCCACGAUACCCCGAGCACUAAUGGUGAGAAUGGCGCUGAGAAUGGCACCGAACUAGAGCCUGCGGACUCUGCCUAUAGUUCCGCCGUUACGUCUGCCAUGCCAAGCCCCUCUUCCGAAUUCAAAAAGAUCCCUCGUCCGAUCAACCCGAAGGAAGCCAAGAUGCAACGAGACCGCAUUGAAUAUUUCCUACUCUUAGAGGACCUAACGUCGGGAAUGAAGAGGCCAUGCAUGAUGGAUUUGAAGAUGGGCACCCGACAGUAUGGAGUGGAGGCCGCCCCGAAGAAGCAAAAGUCGCAGCGUGAAAAGUGCCGAACAACGACUUCGGCCGAGCUGGGAGUGCGAAUCUGCGGCCUUCAAGUUUGGAACGCCAAGAAGGAGACGUACGACUUUCAGGACAAGUACUAUGGCCGGAAGCUGAAGGCCGGCAAUGAAUUCCAGGGGGCACUGCAAAAGUUUCUUUAUGACGGUGUUGACUUGCACAGCGUACUCCGACACAUCCCUGUGGUGCUCAAGAAACUCGGCCAGCUGGAGGAGAUUGUGCGCGGCCUACGUGGCUACCGCUUUUACGCGGCGAGCCUACUCAUGUUCUACGAUGGCGAUACAUCGGAGGACGCGACAGACUACGAAACAAUGUACGAUUCGACAACGGACUUUGCGACGGAUACAGAAGAAACGUCACGGAAAAAGAAGAAGAACAAGCGAGAGAUUGAUUUCAAGAUUGCCGACUUUGCGAACAGCGUGACGCCCCUGGACAGGGUCGAAGACAAACCGUGUCCGCCGCAACACCCGAAUCAGCCGGAUGGCGGGUUCCUCAAAGGCCUGCGCAGCCUGAAGAGGUACUUUCUCCAGAUUCAGCGAGACGUGAGGGAAGAGCUGGGACUCGACCCUCGCAGGCGAUUUUCCACAGCUGUCGACUACCCUGAGGAUAUUGACGAUGACGAGGGCAUGAUCAGCGUAUGA